UUUGCUGUGCUCGCAGCAAGUGCUUUGAUUGAGCUGUUUUUUCAUUUUGUUUAUUUUUCACUCAAUUAGAGUAUCAAGUAGCACCUGCACAAAAAGAUAUUUUAUUCAUUCGACCUGCUUUGGAUCCAGUUACUAUUUCUGCUAACCUGUUGUAAUUGAUUGUCUGGACAUCUAUUAAACGAGACGGAGCGCUGCUGUGUAUAUUAGCCAACAUAAAGCUGGUUUAUCCAACCUCCUUCUCUGUUAGCUAGACAACGCGUGUCCAAUUUGAUCUCUUCAUCAUUAAACUGAAGAAGAAAAAGAACAGCCAGAAAUCAAGUGCUGGUUCAGCAAAUCAAAAAUUGAUAGAAAUACCAGCAAAUCUUGAAAAGGUUCACAAUACACAAAGCAUAAACCGACCAAAUGUCGAAUAGACGCGAGAGCAGUGCUACAGACGGGGCUGGAUCCAAGCAUGGGGGAGGGGGCAGGGGAGGAGUGGGGAGUGCAUCGCUGCCCCCUGUGAAACUGGGGGAUGAGUUGCCCCUUCAGUGGCGAUGUGUGGGGGAUGUGAACAUCGAAAAACGACUUCACAGCUCAUUCGAAACGUGGAAGUUUGACGUUCAGUGUCAGAUAGCCAACAUGGGCCGCAAAAUAGACAAAUUGACGCGUGAGAACAAUUUGAGUGACCUUGGAGGGGUCAUUGGGGUCACGAGGAGUGAGGAGGAAGAGAGGAAGCACCAGAAGAUAGUGGACUUGGUAGCACAGGAGUACAGGGAACAGUUCGGACUGGAAGUCAUCGGUGGAGCAACAGGAUCAAGAUCCGGCCCACCAUCAUCGGCAACUUCGUCGCCAGGAGCAACGCACGGAGAAAUGGUCCAGUGAACAGACGAGCCAAACUCAACUUGAAUUCUUCCUAUAUUUUCGGACGUAUUUAUAAAU